CAUUCACAAAUGACCUAAAAACAAGCACAGAGGGAUAGAGAAUAUGCAGCAAUUCUCUCUCUUCACCGUCUCUCUCUCCUCUCUCUUCCUCCUCCUGAUACCUCACGAAACUUCAUCUCCUUUUACUGCACUAUACCCCGAUCUCAUCAACUCAACCUGCAAACAAUGCGCAGAAAAGUCCACCACCUUCAACUAUGAUUUCUGCACAAGUUCGCUCCAAACAAUCCCCAUCAGCCACGCCACCAACCUCCAAGGACUCGCUCUCAUCGCCAUGGAGCUAGCUUUGGAAAAUGCCACCAACACGAUUUCAUAUAUAGAGAAGAUGACAAGCACGGGAAAGUUCGAUCCCUACGCUUUGGGUUGCUUGAAGGAUUGCUCAGAACUAUACCUUGACGGUGUUUCGAUGCUGGUCGACUCCAUACAAGUCUUUUGGUGGGAGCAGUACAACGCUGCUAAUUUGUUGCUGAAUACAGUUAUGGAAACAGCGGCAACAUGUGAGGAAGGUUUCAAGGAGAAAGCGGGAGAAGUGUCUCCACUGACCGUAGAAAAUUACGAUCUCUCCCAGUUAGGUGCUAUUGCACUGUGUAUCACCGACUUGCUUUCUCUAGCAUUAGAUUCAGAUUCCUCUUGAGCUUUUGCAACUAGUUAGUCUAGCUUGCAAAAUAGGAGUCCUCCUUUCUCUUGAUGUUUGUAUUGAUGCAAGUAAUUAACGCAUUGCAAAACUCCA